CAUUACGUAGUGAACGCUGGUCGUUGAGCUCGUACGCGUGUGUGUGUAAAAUAAUAAUUACUAAUUUAAUGGAGAAGUUUAAAAUGUAACGUGCUUGAUGUCGAGUACUUGAAAGUAUCGAACUAACCGAUUAUUCUCUUCAUCUAAACGAUUGCACUAACAUGGCGGGACAAACAUUACACGACAGACUUGUAGCUGCAAAGCAUACUAUUUAUGGCCAAAAUGUUGAAAAAGCCGUAUGUAAAGCAACUACGGAAGAAAUUAUCGGCCCAAAAAAGAAACAUCUCGAUUAUUUGAUCCAUUGUACAAACGAACCAAAUGUGUCAGUGCCAGAACUGUGCAACUUUCUUAUUCAAAGGACUCAGCAGUCUUCUUGGGUGAUGGUUUUUAAGUCCCUUAUCACAGCUCAUCAUUUAAUGUGUUACGGGAAUGAAAGGUUUAUUCAAUGCAUGGCAACAUCUAGCUGCACCUUUCAUUUAAGUGGUUUUGUGGAUCGAACAGCAUCGCAAGGUUAUGACAUGUCAACAUUUGUACGUCGGUAUGCAAAAUAUUUGAAUGUGAAAGCCUCUACAUAUAGAAUCAUGGGCUCAGAUUUUUGUAAAAUGAAACGUGGUAAAGAAGAAGGUGUGUUGAGGAAUAUGUCUACAGAAUCACUUUUAAAAAAUCUUCCAGUUCUUCAUGAACAGCUUGAUGCCUUGAUCGAGUUUGAUUGCAAUCCUGAUGACUUAACCAAUGGUGUCAUGAAUUCUUGCUUUGUUUUGUUAUACAGAGACCUCAUUCAGUUGUUUGCAGCUUACAAUGAUGGAAUAAUAAAUUUAUUUGAAAAAUAUUUUAAUAUGAACAAAAAGCAUUGCAAAGAGGCCUUAGAUAUCUAUAAGAAGUUUAUUGUUGCAAUGGAUAAAGUUUCUGACUUCCUAAAAGUAGCUGAGAGUGUAGGCAUAGACAAAGGCAGCAUCCCUGAUCUAACAAAAGCACCAGGCAGCCUUUUAGAAGAAAUGGAAAAUCAUUUAACAUACUUGGAAGGAAAAAAGGCACAAAUGACCCCUAGGACUAACUCAGUGCAAACUGCAGUGUCGGCUUUGAAUUCGACCAGCUCUGCUUUCACAAACAGUAUUUCGAGUGCUCAUGAAUUGAAUGGAUUGACUGUUGAUGAAAGCAUGAGACGAGCAGUCGAAGAAGAAGCCGCAAUAAUGAACCAGCUAAAGGAGCAACGACUCAAGGAAUUGGCAACGAAACCGACUCCCGAACCGGGGCUGAGGAAGGUUCCGAGCCCCAUCCCCCCUCCUUCCAUUUCUGCUCCAGUAUCUUUAAGCCCUCCUACGAGACCCAAAGAAAUUGCUGCGCCUGUUGCUACCAAAGCAUCAUCUGUCAACGAUUUGAUGUCACUCAACACUUCAACGGCCGAUAAUUUCAUGAGCACUCAGACAGCGUUUCACCAGGUGCCUUUUGCAAAUGUUGGGACAGAAGGUGUGAAUUGGAGAAAUUUUGCUUUCAAUAUUUUUCUAUUACUGUUUCUUUUGCAAAGGUGUAAUAGUUCAUGUGGGUCCAAGUAG